CGACGGUUGUCCGAUGAGAUUGACAAACUGAGGCUGGAGGUUGAUCAGCUCAAGACCAGAAGUGGGACAUUCGUGGAGAGUGUGCACGCAAGGUCCCAUAUGGGCAGCGCGACAGAUCUGCGCUUUCCACUGAGCGCCGUGGUCCAUGCCCCCGCCGAGCCCUUCAGCACAGCCCCAGGCCUGCCUCGGGCGCAGAAGGGUCGAUUUGCCGCCCGGCGAGAGGAGCCAGCCAAGGACUGGGAGCAGGCCCAGGCAGGCAGCGUCCUGGCCACGGGGCCUCACGCCUUCGACAGUGACCCUGAAAUCUCUGACGUGGAUGAAGACGACCGUGAGACACUCUUCAGCUCCAUGGAUGUGCUUUCUCCCAGUGGGCACUCGGACGCUCAGACAUUGGCCAUGAUGCUCCAGGAGCAGCUGGAUGCCAUCAAUGAAGAGAUCAGGAUGAUCCAAGAGGAGAAGGAGUCCACUGAGCUCCGCGCAGAGGAGCUGGAGACCCGUGUCACGAGCGGCAGCAUGGAGGGCCUCAACCUCACCCAACUCUGCAAAAGGGCUUCCAUCCCCACCUCACUGACAGCCCUGUCCCUGGCCAGCUCAUCCCCACCACUCAGUGGCCGCUCCACCCCCAAGCUUUCCUCCCGCAGCGCCGCUCAGGACCUCGACCGCAUGGGGAUCAUGACGUUGCCCAGCGACUUGAGGAAGCACCGGAGGAAACUGCUAUCACCUGCAGCUCGGGAUGAAAGCCGAGAGGAUAAAACCACCAUCAAAUGUGAGACGUCCCCCCCAUCCUCACCCAGGACGUUGCGGCUGGAGAAGCUGGGCCACCCCGCGCUAAGCCAGGAGGAUGGGAAGAGCUCGCUGGAGGAGCAGGCCAGCAACCCCAGCAGCAACAGCAGCCAGGACUCCCUGCACAAGGGCUCCAAGAGGAAGGGGAUCAAAUCCUCCAUCGGGCGCUUGUUCGGGAAAAAAGAGAAGGGUCGCUUGAUUCAGCUGAGCAGAGAAGGGGCCACGGGGCAGGUGCUGCUGACGGACAUGGAAGUGGGCAUGCAGGACCCUCUGGGACUUGGCAAACUGGGUGCUCAAGCCGAGAAGGAUCGGCGCCUGCGGAAGAAGCAUGAACUCCUAGAAGAAGCUCGGAGGAAAGGAUUGCCCUUUGCUCACUGGGAUGGCCCCACUGUCGUCUCCUGGCUGGAGCUCUGGGUGGGGAUGCCAGCCUGGUAUGUUGCCGCUUGCCGAGCCAACGUGAAGAGCGGAGCCAUCAUGUCAGCCCUGUCUGACACUGAGAUCCAGAGAGAGAUUGGCAUCAGCAAUGCACUGCAUCGCCUGAAGCUGCGUCUGGCCAUCCAGGAGAUGGUCUCACUCACGAGCCCUUCAGCACCACCCACCUCACGAACAUCCUCUGGAAACGUCUGGGUCACCCAUGAAGAGAUGGAGAACAUGGCGACUUCCACCAAGACGGACACAGAGGAAGGCAGCUGGGCACAGACACUGGCCUAUGGAGACAUGAACCAUGAGUGGAUUGGGAACGAGUGGCUGCCCAGCCUGGGUCUCCCACAGUAUCGCAGCUACUUCAUGGAGUGUCUUGUUGAUGCACGGAUGCUGGACCACCUGACCAAGAAAGAUCUCAGAGUUCACUUGAAGAUGGUGGACAGCUUCCACCGCACCAGCCUGCAGUACGGCAUCAUGUGCCUGAAGAGACUCAACUACGACCGCAAAGAGCUGGAGAGGAGGCGAGAAGAGACCCAGCACGAAAUCAAAGACGUGUUGGUGUGGACCAAUGACCAGGUCAUUCACUGGAUCCAGUCCAUUGGGCUUCGCGAGUAUGCAAACAACCUCAUCGAGAGCGGGGUGCACGGGGCACUUCUGGCCCUCGAUGAAAAUUUUGACCACAACAGUCUGGCACUCGUGUUGCAAAUCCCCACACAGAACACACAGGCUCGACAAGUGCUGGAGAGGGAGUUCAACAACCUGCUCGCCUUGGGCACAGAUCGAAGGCUGGACGAUGGCGAUGACAAGACCUUCCGUCGAACCCCGUCCUGGCGAAAGCGCUUCCGCCCGCGAGACAUUCACAGCAUCAACAUGCUCAGCGGUCCAGCCGAGACACUGCCAGCCGGCUUCCGCGUCACCAGCCUGGUGCCCCUGCCUCCUCCAUCUGCCCCUGCCAAGAAAAUGCCCCCAGAAGUUGGUGCCUCUGGGUCGCCAAGGCUGGAGACCUCCACGGUCCGGACGUACUCCUGCUGA